AUGGAGUCCGUCCGCCAAGGCAUCAAGCAAUCGCUUGUCUCCAUGGGCAAGGACAAGCACCACAACAAUGUCGCUGUCAGCGUCAAAGAGAUGGAAGUCUCGGACGGUGAGAGUGAGAGCACAACUGUUGCGUCGAACCAAACUACACAUGAAGACGUCGCGUCAAGCACUACUAUUACCAAGAGUACUACCAUCACUAGACUCGUGGACUAUGAGAUGUUGACCAAGAUUACGAGAACUGUCAAGAAGUUGAUAGUCAAGCUUGACGACUACGAUGACGAGUUUGUCGAUGAGAUGGAUAUCAGGAGUUAUCUCCAGUACAUCUCUGAUGAGCGCCUCAUUCACAUGCCGAGGCGGGGUAGUGAUUGGGAUCGUGUUCUCAGCACUGCUCAGUUCUUUGGUCUUCAGAUCACUACUUUCGCCAGCAAGAUUGAUGCCUUUGCAUCUGGCGCGCACUCGUCUGCAUCAGCAGCUCUGGCCAGUUGCCAAGUCCUUCUCGAGAUCGGACACAAUCAAGCCAAAGCCCUCUCCCCAACCUUCGUCGCCCUGUACGAACUCUCCAUGCUUCUCUCCACCAUCUCCCGCAUCCGCGAUCUCGAGCGCAUGCCCAACCACAUCAAAGAAGCAGCAGCCCACAUCCUCUGUGAGCUGGUCCACCUCGUCGGCUGCAUCGCAAGCUACUACCGCCAAAAGAUCAGCAACCUGCGACCGGGCGAUAGCAUCACCAUAAGUUUUGAUGCUGCAUUUGGCCAGCACAUUGACGAUAUCUGGAAAGCUAAGGAUGAUCUUUGCGGUCGUGUUUGGCAAUGGAGUCUUGGAGUGAAGACUUUCUCCAUCAGUCUCAAGUCUGUCCGACAGCGCCUUCAACCCUCCGCUGGACCAUCUGUAAGAAACACCCUGUACGAUGAAGUCUCGGAGCAUCUUGAUCGCUCGGAGGGUACUUGUAACUGGAUCAAUGAUCACUUGACCGGUUUCCUCAACAGCAAAGACAAGGCCCUUAACUUUUGGGGAGGCGCUGGUGUCGGUAAGAGUGUUCUCGCUGAGUGGGUUCAAGAGCGACUUGCAUGCCCUCUCGACUACAGGUCUUACUCUGUUCUUUCCUACAACUUCCCAUGGGACUCUCCCAAAGAAGCUACUUCGCUUGCUUGCGUCAAGAGCUUUGUCUUCCAGCUCCUUGAUCGAAGCGUUGGUGACGUUGAGCUUUAUGGUCGACUCGUCCAAGCCUUUGAGACCUACUCUAAGACCUCGAAUGCUGAAGGUCUUGAGAAGACCCUCUGGGAUACACUUCACAUUGGCCUACACGCUUCCGAGAGUGUUGGAACUUCUUUCGUCCUCUUGACCGAUGGCUGCGACGAGAUUACCGGUGGCUCCAAGAGUGCUGUGACUUUCCACAAGACGCUCCAGGGCUGUGUUGCCGACCUCAAGCGCACCCGUAUCAUCACUUUCUCACGAAAGGUUGACGGCCUCAAGGACGUCAAGAGCUUCCAGAUCCAUGAGAAGGAAGUCCACGAGGACAUCCGAUCCCAUCUUAAGCAGAUACUCUCCAAGUCUCGUCACUAUCACAAUGUUACUCAUGAUAAUCGCGAGAAUUUCAUCAACGAUCUGGUCGCCAAGUCCAGAGGUAGCUUCCUCUGGGCUUUCUACGCCGGACGUCUCAUUUCUCGGGAAAAGACUUGCGAUAAAUUCCUCGCUGCGGCCAAGAACAUCAGCGCUGAUGUCAAUGAAGUUCUUCGCAUUGCUGUUGAGAAGUUAAACAUCAAGCAAAAUGAGACCAUUAAAUACAUUCUUUCCUUUAUGCUCAUCACCAACUCUCCCUUCGCCGUCCAAGAGAUCUCAGAGCUUCUCUCCACCGAUCUCCAUAAACGCUGCAUGUUGUCUACUGCUUUUAACAUCUCCAAGUUUGUCUCAGAGAACUGUAGUGAUUUCCUCAUCAUCCGUGGUGGCCGUCUUCACUUCCGCAAUGCUGUCGUCCAGUCAUACUUCCGAGGUCUUCUCGGGAAGUCCCUCCUCUCAGAAAAGGAAGCUCACUCGCAGCUGACACUGAGAAUGCUUCUCUACGCGCGAUUGAACCUUGACUUGGAUCAGGAGUUGCUCACUGAGGAGUUGGAAGAAUCUGUCGUUGAUGUUAUCCUUCACAAGCACCACCUCAUGGGCUAUGUCAUGCGCAACUGGGUUAUUCACUUCCGAUACGCUGGCUUUGUUGAUUCCCCCGACAAGAUAUGUCUUCCCCAGGGCUUCCGCGAUUUCUUCCCCGAGUCUGCCAUGUUCACUCUGCUUGAGCGAUCUUACUGGGGCAGACACCAUGUCCACCAAGAUACCAUUAAGCUCCACGAACUCACUCUUCGUAUUCAAGAGUCUUGCUUUGGAGAGAAGCAUGCGACAGUUCUUCAGAGUCUCAUUGUCCUUGGCCACAUCCACGUCAAGUUCUCGACCUCCUCUGAUGCCCAUGUCUGCGGCGCAAGAUACUUCUACCGUGCUGCGAAGUUGGGUGAGAUCAUUCUGUCCAAGACAAGUGUUCUCGUCGGCGCAUGCACGCACUUGUUCUUGACCUGGACUGAGACUAUCGUAAUCACCGAGCGAACUGAGAUCGUGACAUGUCGCGAGGAGAUGAUUCGCGUCUGGAUCGAGAUCUGCAAGCACAAGCAUGGGAGAUCCAGUGACGAGGUCAUCUGCUGGUAUGAGAAGCUUGCCAAGUUCUACAUCUGCAUCCAUGAGGAAUGGCGAGCCACCGUCGCUUAUAAGGAGCUCUAUGAGAUUAUUGUCAUUCGCUAUGGCAAGAAAUCACCCGAGGCUGGUCGUAUUGGUGCUUUCUUUGGUACCCUGGACAUUGUCCUCAAGGGCGAACAUGCUGAGAAGGGUAUCUGUGAGCUUGAAGAGUUCAUCUUUGAGACCACGGAAGAGCUCGAUGUCCACGACCAUCUCUGCAUUGCCAUGAUGAUCAAGCUGGCUUGGUCAUACCAUGCCUGCGGCAAGUUUUACCUCGCUGAGAAACUCUUCAUCAGCAUCUGGCGUCGCAUCUCAAUCACUUGUCGUGUUAAGGCUAGCAUUGAAGUGCACAUUGCCAAGAUUCAGAUUGCACUGGAGUACUGCAAGUUCUUGCGCAAAAUUCAUCGCCACGAGGAGGCAACCACCAUCCUCAUCUGCCUCUGGGCUGAGUACGAGCAUCACCAUUGUGAGACUGAGACUCUCAUCGUCUGGAUCCGAGAGCUCGGAUCCCUCUGUAAAUCCUUUGGCCUUCUUGAGAUCACUAUCACUAUCUUGACCAAGGUCUGGGGUUGGUUCAAGGGCUGCGGCAAGGGUGAUGGCGAGGAAGCUCGUAAGACUACCAUUCUUAUUACUGAGGUUGUUGAGGAAGUCACUGAAACUACUACUACGACCAAGACGACCACGACUACCACUACCGAGGUCACUGAGACGGUCGUCCGAGAGAUCUAUGAGACCCACUACACUCGCUGCAAGAAGACUGGCUUCGACUAUGCCUUCUAUAAAGCUACUAUGGCUCUCAUUGGUAUCUACUUUGAGCAUCAUCGCUGGUCAGAAGCUGAAGUCAUCAUCAAGCGAACCCUCGAGAUCACUUGGAAGGCCAUCCUCACCACUGAUGUCAGCAUCACUCUCUGCGAGCACUCAACCCGCGAAUGCGUUCAUGUAGCUCGUCGUCUUGCCAAGUGCUACCAUCACCAAGGUCACUUCGAGAAGGCCGAGCUCAUCUACCUGCGCAUCUACCAUGCCUGCCUUGCCUCUUGCAAGCUUGAAGAUGAGCUCUUGUGCGAGUCACUUACAGUUCUCAUUGAGUUCUACGAGGAACAUCACAGACACGAGAAGGUAAUCCAUAUCUACAUCGAGAUUCUGGCCAAGUACAAGAAGCACCUUGGUCACACUCAUCACUUGACCAUCAAGACUCUAUACUGCCUUGCUCAUCACUGCAAGCUCAUCGGCCACAAGGAUGCAUAUACCUACUACCUCGAGAUUGUCACCAUUCUCAACAAGGACAUCAAGCACUGCCACCACGACGCCUUCGAAGCAGCUCUCUGGCUCUGCCGCCACUACCACAACCGCAGCAUGUGGGUCGAACUGCGCACCAUCUGCGUUACCAUAUGGGAGACCCUCUGCCACCACCACUCCGGGCAUAAGUGGACAGAGGAGAUCAUCUGUGAGAUCUAUGAGAAGUAUACUACUCUUCUUGAAGUCCACAUCAAGGUUGAGUUCUCUGUCCUAUACAAGAUUUCGGUCGAGUAUAAGGAGGUCAUCAAGACUAUCUGCGGUGGGGAGUCCCAUGCUUACAUCUUGGCUUUGAUUGCGUUCGCUAAGAUGUGCGAGAAGCAUGAGAAACACAUUCAUGAGUCAGUUACGGUGUAUGAGGAGGUUAUCAAGAGGACUACUACGACGAAGACGACUACUACUACUGUCACUGAGACUACAGUGCACACGGUCAAGAAGCGUCUUUCCAAGUUGUAUGUCACUAUUAUUACCUCUAGUGGCAAGAAGGAGGGCCACGUUCAUGUUCCUAUCGAUCGAGCUAUCUCGAUCUGCAUUGAGACGUAUGAACAUCUCAAGAUCAAAUUUGGUUGCUGGCAUGAAGAUACGCUGGAGCAGCUCAAGUACAUCAUCACGCUGUAUCACAGCUGCAAUACCAAGGAGUAUUGCUCCAAGAUGAUCAAGCUGCUUGAGCUUCACAUCACUGAGGUCAUUACUACUUGCAAGGUCACUACAGUCUUGUUCAAGGUGGCGAUUACUCUGGCUUCUAUCUACGUUAGCGUCAACCUCAUCAAGGAAGGUCAUGAGGUUCUUCGCCAGUUGCGACAUCUCAUCAUCUUCAGAGGAAGUAUGCCCGGUACCGACAUCACGCUGAAGCUCGAUUUUCACAUCAGCAAACUCGUAUUUGUCUUCCUCAGCGCCUUCGAGCAAGGCCUUUGCCCCAAGGACUGCUCAACUACUUACUCUGAGAUCAUGGCCACCAUCAUCUUUGAGUCUCUUCUCUACGAGGAAUACUCCCGUGUCAUCGAGUGCGAGACCGAGCUUGAGCUCAUUCUCGAGUGUGGUGCCAAGUUGCGAGGCUUCUGGGUUGAACACAAGCGUUCUCAAUUCUUGCUCAUCCUGGACAAGAGACUCUUCCAGUUGUUCAAGACCAAGUAUGCUUCUUACCUCAAGGAUGUGAGCGAGGAGCACCAGCGCGUCUUCUACCUUGCUAUUCUAUGCGAGCUUGGAAAGGAUCGUGGCGCCACUCAGAUCGACUUCCCUCUUCUUGCUGUCAAGGCUGGAAACGCCAGAGUCAAGGAGCUUCUCCAAGCCAAGGACUGGCAUUGUGCCCAGCAUCUUGGUCACUGCAUCUUCCACUUCGCCCAGUCCCAGAAGCUGUACCAUCUUCACAGCUGUAUCCAACAUGGCUACAAGCUUGCUGAGUUCUUGGCAGGUAUUGAUGUGCCGCAUCCCCAUGAUGCCAAGGAUGACACGAUCCGCACUGCUAUGUUGAAGACAUCCCGCGAGAUCAUGGCCGAAGUUCUUGCUGCCUUCAGACAAGAGAACAUAGACUACCUGUGCCUGCGCUUUGAGGAUAUCUCCGGUCUCAUUCGUCUUCUCGGUGCCCAACAGAAUUGGGAUGAACUUGAACGCCUUCUCCAUCGUCUCUGGGAUGCUCGCGAGAGGAUGCAGAAGUGUGGCUGGUCACCUAUCACCGUCUUGGAUAUCGGCAAGAUGCUAGUCCAUGCCCAAUACCUCUGUGAGGACAUGAAUUGUGCCAUCGAGACAGCCGAGUUGAUUUGCUACAACUUGCGCCGCAGUCGAGGCCGUCUCGAUGUCGAGACCUUGGAGUUCUCCCGCCUUCUUGCAGCCUUGUACGCAGAGGCUGGUCGCAAUGCCAGCGCCAUGAAUAUGCACGAAUCUGUUCUACGCGAAAUGAUCUCCUGCAGCAGCAGCAAUGAGUUCGGCGAAGCAUAUCCGGAGCGUCAACGCUUCACUUCCGAAGCACGUAUGCAUCUAGAGCUUCUCAAGGGAUGCCAUCAUCAAAUGCAAAGUUGGACCAAGCCAGUUGAAGAGUUCAAGGAUGUUCACUGCCGCUUGAACACUGAUCUUGGUCUUGAGUUGCCUACGUUUGAGAAGUGGUGUAGCGGUGCGGUGGACAAGAGUAUUGAGGGAGGAGGCAAAUAUGUUGCUCCGGGGGAGUGGAGGUUGAAGGGGGAUGUGAAGACAAUUGUUUCUCGCCGGAGAGUUAGCCACGAGAGACCAAAGGGAAGACUGGAUGUGCUGCGUACAGCUAGGACUUGGUGGUUGACGGUGUGAAUGGUAUAUGCAUAAUGGGCGAUGAUUCUGUAAUGAUGGUUGCAAACGCUCACAUGUCUCUCACUUGAGCUUUCUUUUGUUGGGUCUCGGGGUUUGUCAGUUUUGCAAGGCGGGGUCACUGGAUUCAUUGUACUAAUUACAAAUAACUUUCGCACACAAAAUGAC